GCAUAAGCAUGCAGUUAAAAGAGGAAGAUAUAAAAGAUGGCUGUAUAGACUGUUAGCACUGUCUUGACAUCAAGAUGGAAUCAAGCACAAGCACAAUGGAUGUCUUCUGGGAGGAUCCGGUCGACCAGGAUCCUGCCAACCCCAUGAACUGGUCGGUGACGCGCAAAUGGACCAUCAUUGCCGCUGUUUCCUUUACCACUUUCUUGACACCCCUCGCAUCGUCAAUGUUCGCCCCCGGCGUCCCUCUGGUGAUGGAGGAGUUCCACAGCAGCUCAACCACGCUGGCGACCUUUGUGGUCUCGGUCUACAUCCUGGGCUUCGCCUUUGGCCCGCUGAUCGUUGCCCCCUGGAGUGAAUACAGCGGACGAGUCAUCGUGUACAACACAUGCAACCUCCUCUUCCUGAUCUUCAACAUCGCCAGCGCCCUGUCGCCCAAUCUGGCCGCCCUGAUCGUCUUCCGCUUCCUCGACGGCGUCGUCGGCGUCACCCCAACCACCAUCGGCAGCGGCACCAUCGCCGACCUGAUGCCCCCGGAGAGCCGCGGCCGGGCGAUGGCCUUUUGGUCUCUGGGGCCGCUCUUUGGGCCGAUUGUCGGGCCGGUGGCGGGGGGGUUUCUUGUCGAAGCCACCAACUGGCGAUGGGUGUUUUGGGUUCUCUCGAUUGCCAUCCAGAGCGGCGUUGUGUCUACGGCCUUCUUCUUCAUCGUGCCGGAAACAGACCCGGCGACGAUUCUGCGCCGCAAGGCCGCAAGACUGCAGAAAGAAACUGGCGAGACGGCGUAUAAAUCCCGUCUGGACGACGGCAUCCCCCCAAAGGAACGCUUCGUGCAGAGUCUGGUCCGGCCAACCCGCAUGCUGCUGUUUUCCCCCAUUGUGGCGGCCAUGUGCGUCUACAUCGCCAUCCUGUACGGCCUGCUCUACAUCCUCUUCACCACCUUCACCGAGGUCUUCGAGGGCCAGUACGGCUUCUCCUCGGGCGCCAGCGGACUGUCCUUCCUCGGCAGCGGGGUCGGCAUGCUCGUCGGUCUCGUCUAUUCCGGCACUCUCAGCGAUAAAGGCAUCAAACGCAAGCUGGAGAACAAGGAACCGUUGAAGCCGGAAGACCGGCUGCCUUCCUACAUCACCCUCCCGGGGGCGUUGAGCAUCCCCGUCGGCCUGUUCGUCUAUGGCUGGUCGACAGACAAACACCUUCACUGGAUUGUGCCCGAGAUUGGCACCGCCAUCACCGGCUACGGCAUGAUCGUCAUCCUGAUGGCGGUGCAGACCUACCUGGUCGACGCCUUUACCAAACACGCCGCCAGCGCCAUUGCAGCCUGUACCGUUCUGCGCAGUCUGGCAGGCGGCUUCCUCCCUCUCUGUGGCCUGAAGCUGUACGAUCGUCUGGGCUUGGGAUGGGGGAAUACCCUGCUUGGCUUUAUCGCCCUGGGCAUCUCGCCCAUCCCGUUCAUGUUCCAGGUUUUUGGCGAGCGGUUGAGGAAGAAUUAG